CCAUGGUGACGACCAGCGCUAAGAAAGGUAACUCUGUUGAGCUCUAUCAGCGGAAGUCAACACUGAAACUAGCGAAAGCUAUGAUGGCGGGUGUUCUAACUGGCAAGUCAUGGAGAGAAUUUCUAGCGAAAAACUAUCAUCUUCCCGCUGCAUUUGAUCGACAGCAUGCAGCUCAUGAAAUUAGUACACCGAUGUGCAUCAGUCUCAAAUCUGUUGUUGGCCUUUUAAAUCCACAACCUCAGAACAGAACAGAAUAUCAGCUUUCAGUCUGCCUUUAUGAUGUUGGAUUUAGAUUAUUCUUUGGGCGCCAGUGGUUUGGGCCAGUCAUGGUAGGACAUGGUAAUGACAGCAUCAAAUUACAUUAUAAUCAGAAUGCAUACUUUCACACAAGCCUUUGUAAUACCAGCAUCAUAUUGGUUGUGGAAGUAAUAGCACAUACCAUUGCACCUGAUGGGAAUCCAAGGAAAGUGGGAUGUGGAUGGAGUAUUAUAAGACCAUUUACUGGUGAUGGGAAUUUGCCAGAUGCAUCUCGUGGUAUGGCUCCACCAACCUUGAAGGUAGAGAUGUAUCAUGGUACUCCCAGGGCAUUGCUUUUCAUGGAUGAACCUAUAGAAGCCAAUCAACUUUUGAAACCUAUUGCCAGCUGCCACUUGAUAUACUCUGUAGGUUCACACAAGGCUAUGCUGACGAUCAUACAUCUGCUACCUGAAAAUGUCAUUGUUGGUAACAAUACAGUUGUCCCUGGCAUUGAAGACAAACCAAAUGAAGACCGGUUCCAGAAACCUCAGCUGCGCCAGCAAGUAUCAUUUGGGCUUGAUGGCCUUGUGGUUCACCUCCAGCCAAACUUGGAGCGUUUUGAGGAGGAGCUGUGCGAACUGCUCAGUGAAGAUCGUGCCAACCGUGAGAACCGUUCUCAAGGGUCCACUAGGAUUGCUGUAGUGGAGAGAAGAUUACAUGUGGGAGUUCAUAAUGGAUGGACAUUUACAGACAAACCACAGACUUUUCAUCUGGAACCCCUUGCAGGGUCCAGCAUUGAUUCCAUCACUGGAGAUGACAGCCAGCGUAGGCCCACAGCCAGUCCUUCAUUUAGGCGUGCCAUUCAAUACCACAUCCGACGCAACAGUCAGCCCUUGACGGAGAGUGGCAGAAAUACUGGCAGCAGUGCUCUUGUGCUGAAGAGUCAAAUCCACCUGACUGAGGUGAUAGAGGACCCAAUGUUUGCUGUGGUCUUUCAGCUGGAAUAUGUCAUCAGUGAAUCACUCUCUGAUGUAGACAGAAAGGUAUCUCAUAGUUUGGCAAGAGCACACACUCGAACCAUCUCGGUGCGCUGGACUGCCUGGAACCCUUUCUUGCACUCCAGCACACCAGAAAUCAGUGUGGCACUGACAGGAGGGACAAAACGGGCCCCAGAUGAUAGCUUUGUUUACAAACUACCAGAUACCGAAAUGCAGGACCUAACAGCAGCCAAGAUUGCAGGGGGCAUCCUAGCUUUUAGAUGGACAAGGGGUGCUAAGGGGGAGUACCUGACUGUGCCACAGAUAUCAUUUUCCCAUGGCUCAAUGCUGUCCAUUCACAGCAGUGAGGCCAAUGAAGACAUUAUACUUGAUGCAAGUCGGAUGUCUUUGAGCAGUGGGCAUAAACCACCUAGUGGCAAACCACGAACACCACGAGAGAGUGUUGCACAGCAACAAAUGAUGCAACAGCAGCAACAGAUGCUUGCAGCAGCAGGCAUGAUGUACCCUCAGACCGGGGUGCAAGGCAUAAUGUAUCCACCAGCUGGAAUGCCACUAGCCUAUCCCUUUGCUGGCUUUGGCCCACCUCCAAUCUCUAUGCAAAUGGCUUAUGCACCCCAGGCUUUCAGAGAGGGUCCAGUGUCAGAGAUGAGAGACUUGCCUUUCACUCAAGUCCAUCAACCUGUUGUCACAUUCCCACCUCCAGUCCAAAGCAAAGGCCUUUCCCGUGCAGCAUAUGCUCAGCUUUAUUCAGCUGGGUUUCCUCUAAUACUUGAUCGUAAUGGGGAGCCACCAGAGAUCUUGGAUCCAAACAUCCCACCAAGUGUCAACCUAGCUAAGAAAAUUGAUCCCCUGCAGGCAAAUGAAAUCAUCUUCCAGUUCCUGGCAUUUUCAAAAGAUCUAUCUGGCAGGUCACUUCAAACUGGGCCAGGCACUGUGUUUUUUUCCUUCCAGUUUUAUCGUUACCCUCAAGUCACCACUGAAAGGUUGCUGUUGUCUCAGCCAGCCAGCCAGCUUGUCAGCAACACUUCCAACAUGCCCUUUAUCCUUCAGAAACUUGACCGUGACGGCUCAUUGCUGAAAGGUCCACCAGGCCUGGAGGUGAAGUAUUAUCUGGACCCACUGUUCAUGAAACCGGGAGAGGUCAGCAUGUUUUUGUCACACCUGACUCGGCAAGUUUUGCAUAUUGAUGUCUGGGAUGGGGAUUCUCUUCUUCUCAUAGGCUCUUGCAGUGUUGACAUGAAGUACCUUUGUCGGGGGGGUAAUGAAGCAGUGCAAGCCACGUUUGAGUUGGACGUGGUGGUGUCAGACCAGACAGAAGACAGUACAGGCCUGACAGGAGACUUGCAACGAGGGGGCAGCGUCAGGCCAGUCAGCACCCAGCACAAGACAUGCGGAAAGCUUCACCUUCGCAUUGCCAACAUUGGCCAUCCUGUAGACAACAGGAAGGCAGCUGAUAUGCAACCUAUCCCAUCAAAAUCUCAAGUGAUUGUAUCACAAACAGCGGCAAACUCUGCUUUCAAAGGAGGGAAGUCUGGGACACUCCCACCUCCAGCAGGCACAAAGAAAGCUCGUGUGGCAAGGGCACAGCCUCUGUCUGACAUCGGUGAAGUUGCUUCCUUGUUGCUAUCCAACCAGAAGCGGAAGGAGGCUCAAGAAGAUACUGAACCUGUCCGAGAAAGUGAUGCAGAACGACAUCGCCGGCUUGCUCGCAUGAAGGCAUUGAAAGCUGCUAACCAGGAGCCUGAGACGACAACCACUAUACUAAGCUAUAAAAAAGAGAAGACAGAACGCAUACGAGACUUCAAAACCUUGGAAAUUUACAGGCACCAGACAAAACAUGAAGGCAUCCUGACUAUGCUCAGUCAAAAUAUUACCACGGAACAUGCUAUUUUCCCAUCCUUUGCUACUGCUGAGUUCUUUGAAUUUGUCCUACGAAAUCCAUACAACCAGGACCAGUGCUUAACAAUACAGUGGGAGGACAAGGAUCUUAGGGUGGUCACUGAUGCACGCGAGUGGCGGUACUUUAAGCAGUUCUGUGGCCUUGCAACACCUUUGGAGGAGGGUAUGUUCAGCACUCAGUCUACAUCAGAUACACCCCAGCUUUUUCUGCGCCCUAAGGAGACUGUUCACAUCCCCUUCAAAUACAAAGUUUUCAGGCAGACCACUCUGUCAUGCCCCAGGGACCAUCCGAUCCAUUUGAUAAGUCCAAGACAACAGAAAGAUCCUUUCUGCACUCAGAAGGUGCCAUGCAGUCCAAGACUAUCAAGGUGAAAUUUCUGACUGAGGAUGGGCGGCCGAUGGCUGUACUGAAGUUGCAGGUGGAGCCACAACCACAUAUCAUUGAUCAGACAUUCAGGUUCCACCAUCCAGAGAACUCCUUCCUUAAGAAGUCCAUUCGCUUGCCAC